AUGUCUUCGGCCGUUUUCAGCCCCGGCUUUGCCCUCAGCUCCCAUUUCAGCGCAGAUGGCGCUCCGCUGAGUGAGCUGUCCUGGUCGUCGUCCCUGGCUGUGGUAGCCAUCUCCUUCUCGGGCCUCUUCACCUUCGUCUUCCUCAUGCUGGCCUGCCUCUGCUGCAAGAAGGGCAAAAUCGGCUUCAAGGAAUUCAAGAAUGUGGAUGGGGAGGAGUACCAUGCAGAUAUGUCCACCUUGGCCUCGCCGGCCUCCCAGGGCAGCCCGGACGUCUACAUCCUGCCUCUCACCGAGGUGUCGCUGCCAGUCGCAAAGCAACCUGCUCGAUCAGUCCAACUCCUGAAGUCCACAGAUCUGGGCCGCCACAGUCUCCUCUACCUGAAAGAGAUCGGGAAUGGCUGGUUCGGGAAGGUUCUGCUCGGGGAGGUCAACACAGGCCUGAAUACCACCCAAGUGGUAGUGAAGGAACUCAAAGCCAGCGCCAGCGUGCAGGACCAGAUGCACUUCCUGGAGGAAGCACAGCCUUACCGCGCCCUCCAGCACCAUGCUCUGGUGCAGUGUUUGGCCCAGUGCACUGAGGUCACUCCCUACCUGCUGGUGAUGGAGUUUUGUCCACUGGGGGAUGUGAAGGGUUACCUCCGAAGCUGCAGGACUGCAGAAACCAUGACCCCAGAGCCCUUGAUUCUUCAACGCAUGGCUUGUGACAUCGCCUCAGGACUCUUACACCUGCACAAACACAACUUCACACACAGCGACCUGGCUUUGAGGAACUGCUUGUUGUCUGCUAAUGUCUCAGUGAAGAUUGGAGAUUAUGGUCUGUCCCACACAAAGUACAAGGAUGAUUACUACAUAACCUCAGAUCAGGUGUUUGUGCCGCUGCGUUGGAUCGCUCCGGAGCUGGUGGAUGAGGUGCAUGGAAACCUGCUGGUGGCUGACCAGACCCAACAGAGCAACAUGUGGUCUCUGGGUGUGACUAUCUGGGAGCUGUUCGAGCUGGGAAACCAGCCCUACAGACAUUACUCUGACAGACAAGUACUGACCUACGCUGUGAGGGAGCAGCAGCUGCGACUGCCCAAACCGCUGCUCAAAGUGCCCCUCGCUGAGCGCUGGUAUGAGGUGAUGCAGUUCUGCUGGCUCCAGCCUGAUCAGAGACCCAAUGCAGAGGAGGUCCACUUGCUGCUCAGCUAUCUGUGUGCUAAGGGGGCCAGCGAGGCGGAGGAGGACUUUGAGAGGCGAUGGAACUCUCUGCGUCCGAAUACUGGAUUCAACAGUCACCGCGGUGCCUCUGCAAUGUCACGAGACCACCCCUCAUCAACCUCCUCCUCUUUCCCUCUCCUUGAGCAGUUCUCAGCUGGUGAUGGCUACCACUCAGAGUCGGGGGAUGAUAUAUUGACAGUCACUGAGACCAGCCACGGCCUGAACUUUGAGUACAAGUGGGAGCAAGCCAGGGCGGACCAGUCCUAUAGAAGCCCAGACCCCUCUAGCACCAUGGGUCAGGUCAACCAUCACUGUCAGGAAGCAUUUUACCCACCUGGAGGAAUCGUGGGAGGCUGCCCCAUGGAGAGCCUCAGCCAUGGUGUUUCUCCGUCUUACUACCAAGCAAAACACCUACACGCUCCAGGCAUACUUCCUGUCCUCAGUGCCCAUAGCCCCUCAGUAAGCAGUGAAUACUACAUCCGCAUUGAAGAGCCCGUAGACUGUAACAUCGAUCCGGAGUAUACCAUGUGCUCCUACAGCCCAGACUACCAGGGCAGCAGUGGGAGCUUUCUGACUGGCAGCGCUGACUCAGGCGAGUGCAUGGCCUGCCCGUCACAGGCUAAGAACAUGGCUCCCUAUUGGUCAGCAGACAUCCACAAGUCAGAUGUGUACGACUCCAAUGACUCAAGUCCUGCAAUCUCCCUGACAAUGGAGCCCCUUUUAGGGCAAGUGUCGGACAGCAGCCCCCUCCGACCCUGGGAGUCCAGUCACUAUGUGUCCUAUAAAGACAGAGAUGGGGGUUACUACUAUGAGCACUCGCCCCCUUUAGGAAUUGAUCACUAUUUGAUUGGAGGCGAUCUCUCCAGUGAGCAUCAUCAGGAAAGCUGGGGGUCUAGGAGCCUGCGUCAGGCUUUGGGUGAGUUGGAGAACCCACUGGGUAUAUCCCCCUCUGUAACGAGUCCACCUCAACAGGCUUACAGAGACGCUUACCUGGACACAAGUCAGACCUCCAUUAUAGGAAAGAACGUGACAGGGGGCUACUACGACAUGAUGGGCUCCCUGAGGAAGACUAUGCCCAGCCACACCAGGCACAACAGCCACUCUGUCAGCAUUAACAUGGAGACAGAGGGGGCGCUCUUCAUCGGGCACAGAGACAGCGAUUCAGAGGAGGAAGAAGAGGACAUAUUUGUUGAGAGACACACCUGCAACACUUGGCCUUCAAAACACAGCCAUAGCAGCGUGGGUCACCACAGACGAGCGAGUCAUAGCUGCAGACAGGAUGCUUACGUGGAUUUCCACUACACAAUGCCAAGUACAGACAUUGAAGACUCCUGGCCGGAGGAGCAUAGCCUGGCCUUCCACUCUCUACCCAAACCCAUUGACUAUCUUGAGCCCCACCAGGCCAAAGACAACAGUGCCUGCCUUAGUCUGAGCAAACAUCACCCAAUGGUGCCCUCGGACAACUGCAAUGCCUACAUCUACUUGUGCCAUGAGGGCGAGACUCAGGUGCCAGCAUCUGGAGAGUGCUGCCACUCGCACUUUGUUGACCCCCUUACAGGCUUGCUAGUCAGAAACAACAGCUACAGUCACAGCUACAGUCACAGCAACUACAUCAAUGAUAAGAUUGACAUCCAAAGCAACGAUGAGAUGAUCAAUCUAUCACCAGCUCCCGGGGGUCCCAUUGUGGCCAAACCUGCCUUGAUAAAGCCUGAGGACAGUAGGGAGCAGUAUGUUGACCUUGCAUUUGAUGAAACACUAUUUAAAGAGAAGCGGGAGGAGGUAAUCAAAGAAAAUCCAAUCAUGCAAAAACCGACAGAGCCUAAAAUAGAAGAGGUGACCCCGACGAUGUCUAAAAGCACUCCACCCCCUGCUGACAACAUGCAUGUGAUGGUGGCCAUCUCAGAUCCGCAGUCGGAGCUGAGUCAUACCGGCGAUAGCGGUGUUGACCAAGGAGGCUCCGCCGUAAGCCUUGCUGACAUCCUCGACUGCAGCGACGAUGAUGAGGACGAAGACAUCACAGACGAUAUCACUGAUGUUACCUCAGGAAUCUUCGCCGACGAGUCCAGUGAGCUGAACGCUUCCCCUGCCUUCAAGUCGCUGCAGAAGCAGGUAGGAACUCCUGAUUCCAUGGAUUCCAUGGAUCUGCCAUCUGCAGCCGGGUCUUGUGAAGGCUUCAGCCCUGCGUCCUCCCACCCCUCCAGCUCACCUAAAGCUAUGGACAGUGGCUAUGACACAGAAAACAAUGAGAGCCCUGAGUUUGUACCCAAAGAGCCUCAUGAACCCCGCGAACAACCUCUGGGAAAGCCUACCGUUGAUACAAGCCUGGAAGAGGACACGGUGCCUGAGGAGCAGGGGGUCGAGGCGAAAGCGGUGCCCACAGAAGGUGAACCGCCACUGGAUGAAGAUUUGGCCUUAGGAGCAUCAGAAACAGGCGACCACAUCCUUUUACCGCUGAGCGAUAAGACACCAUACAGAGACUCUGCCUACUUCUCAGACUAUGAGAAUGAAAGGCAGUCCAGGGAUGAAGGGGAUGAAGUAUCAGAGAGAGUAAGAGAUGAGGAAAAUGGUGAAAAGGAAGAGCACAUGGGAGAAAAGAAGGGUGAGAAAAGGAAGAAUGAAGAGGAGGAAGAACUGAAGGAUGCUGUAGCCAACAAAGACAUAAAGCUUGAACUGAAACACAGAGUGACUGAAGGAACAGACUCCUCUUCUCCACAAGAGAUGGAGGCAUAUUUGACAGAAGAGUGUGGGCAGGAUGAGGUACUGGGCCUCCCUCUGGAGCCCUCUGACACUGCCUCAUUAGCAGAGGCUGGAAUGGACGAAUGGCCAUCUCAGGAAGAGAGCUCAUCCCUGGGAGACUGGGCAGCAGAGGUGGUGGGGGCCAUGGAAGAAGCCCUUGGUGCCCUGAAUGGAGACUGUAUCUCCAACAUCAAGGUAGAGGAGGAGGACGCAGAGGACCUGAAAAAUUCUGCUCAAGAUUUAGAAAGAACAGAAGAGCCGGCGAUCAAGACGAUUCAAAAUGAGCCGUUGGCGACAUCCGGUGAAAUCCAGCACACUUUACCCAAAGAUGAGGUGGCCUUGCAGCAUACGGCAAGCACCCGACGUUUUUCUUCCUCCUCUCCUCCACCUCCAUCCACCGCUCCCCCUCCGCUCCCCGCAGCAGAGGGCCGAGGGUCUCCAGGGGACGGGGAGGAGGCGGACGAGGAGGACGGCGACACCGAUGACAGCGACGAGUCAGACGAGGAGCUGCGAAGCUAUAGCGUGCAGGAGCAGAGCGCAGGAGAGGAGAGCGAGGACGAGUGCCACCCGGUGCCCAUCGUGGUGAGUGAUGACAGCGAAGCCCACAAACUGCGCAGCCUGCUGAAGAUGCCGACCCUGCUCACGGUGGAGAACCUGGAGGAGGAGCUCGAACGCAAGAAGAAGACGGUGUCGUUCUUCGACGAUGUCACCGUCUACCUGUUCGAUCAGGAGAGCCCAACCAAGGAGCUGGCUGAGCACGGCUUCCCUUUAGGAGCCGAGGGUCAGAGUUCACGGACCAAAUCCCAAGAAAGGGUCAACGCCUCAGAUGACUCUUCUGAUGGAAACAUCUCCGAGGAGAGUGCAGGGUAUGAGUGGGAGGACGACUUCCCCCUGCUCCCUCUACCAACAUCCACAGUGGCAUCUGACUCCCCUCCGCCCCGCUCCACCCCCAAAGCUCCAGACCCCAAACCGGCCGUACAGCACUCCCGCUUCACCGUCUCCCCCUCCACCGUGUCCCGUUUCUCCAUCACUCACAUCUCCGACUCUGAUAUGGACUCCGUAGGAGGAAGCAGCGAGGACGGGGACAAAGAGUAACGAGCUGUGGAUACUUACUGCCUCUCUGUGACAACGACUUGGCCUGCUAGCAUGACUUCUGAUUUAUUUUUGUAAAGUCAGGUUUUAGAAACACAAGACAGUGCCUCUUCUCGCCCGUGGACACUUUUGAAAGGUCCGUCUUACUCCGUAGGACUGCCCUAAGCUGUUCAGAAUACUGACAAGAGUACGGUUAACAUAUAAAAUUUACAGAAUAUUAAUAUAAACUGUAUGUACGAUGUAAAGAAUAUAUGAAAGCAGGGGAAACUUGUAUGUUGAAUUCUGCAUAUUUUUUGGAUCAAAGAGACAAAAUGGAAGGACAGAUCUUUGGAAAGCAUCACAUUUGCCGCCACUUUUACGUCUUACUUUCUGAUGGGUAGAACCACCUGGAAAUGGGAACUGCCGCUAACCGUCGCUGAGCGAAAAGACACAAUGACGAUUUCUUGGCUUUUCAACAAAGGACGAGCACCUUGAACGAGACUACGCAGCUCCAGACUUUUACUUUUUGGGAAACUGCUUUACUCGUCUUAAUGAAUAUCAACAAGGAUCCUUGAGGUAUCACAAGUAAUACAAUGUUAAUAUUUCAGUUCAAUCAGAGACAAAGGACAUACUAGCAUGAAAGACGGAAGAAAAGGGAAUUUCAAAGGGUCGUGUCUGGUUACAGAGGGUUUUUUGUGGAAAAAGCUGACAGAACCUGGACAAACUGACAUUUUCUGACCCUAUUUUUUUCUUUUUUUUUGUAUCAGGAACACAACUGUACUGUUUCACAUAAACAUGUGGCCCAUUCUCUCCACCAAAUUGAGUGCCAGCACCGCCAUCACAACCAACCCCUCUUUGUUGUAAACAUCAGGCACAACAUUGUCACUAUGGUGACAAGAAGUGAAGGAAGUCAUUCCAGAUUUUACUCAUAUUAAAGGUUUAACAGGUUUUUCAAAUAUAGCGAUGCAUGGUUUCAAGUAACUAGAAAACAGUAUCUAUAAGAAUUUAUUGCUUUGAGACAGAGGAGACAGUUGUUUGUUAUUUUGGAGGACAGACAGGCACGCGUGGUGAAGUCCAGGAAGUCCACUUUCAUGUUACAGGUCCAAAACAAAUUGGCAGCAGGAGACAUUCAGGCUGCAUGAAGACAGUAGUUCUCUAAUAAUGAAAUGGGCCGAUAGGGCUGGGCGAUAUGGAUGAUAUCUUCAUCACAUUAUAUGUAAUAUUAUGUUGUGAUCAUGGUAUUAAUCUCGAGACAGUUAAUUAAUUUGAAGUUAAACACAUGAUAAUUCAGCGCUCUUCAUCACAUUGAUGCAACGAUGCAGAAAAUUCAGUAUUGCCAGAAAGCAGUAAUGCUCGUUGAUUUGCAUUCACAAAGGCAAAGUACAACCGGAGAUAUUAAAGGUACAGAUACCUUGUUAGAAAUAUUAUUUUUAGCGUCGGUAUGUGUCGUCAUAUUGCCCAACCCUACAGGCCUGUAUACGAAAACACAACGCUGCACAGCAGGCUGUUAAAUUCUAUUUUUGUCUGCACUGAGGUUAGUCUGCAAACAUGCUUUUGUGUAUGUAAAUCAGCACAUUAUACAUGCCGUAUUUCUUAGCUUCUGCCCAUUUCUACCAUGUUAUCUGUUUGUAAGACGAGCUGCCUGAUUCUACUGUCACUCUGUGUAUCGUCUCCACUGAGCUUGUUUGGAGCAGUUUUGUACUAUGACUCUGGUUUUAGAAGCUGAACUGUUGAACCUUUUCAGAUUUGCAAGGAAAAAAUAAUAGUUUGGGUUAUUUAUGUAUAAAAAAGGAAGUCAAAUCUGAGCACCACACUGAAACAAUCACAGAGUGAGAUUUUAUAGCACUGAAAAGCGAGUUGAAAGGCGAUAGAGGGCUAAUGCCACGACCAUGAAACGUUACAACGCUUUGCUUUCUCUGUGUAAAUGUAAGGACGUGAGACGGAAGGUGUGGUUGACGAGUUGUUGGUUGAAGCAGGACACCACCUUUCAAAACACCCUAUGAUGAACAUAUAGUGUCUUCUAAGUGUUUGUUUGCCCUCCGAGGCUUUAAUAUUCUGUAACAGUUUAGCAUAGAACCAUCUAGACAGCGGUCCGUAAUAUUUUUGUAUCUCAACAAAAAUACUUUUAAGAGUAUUGAUGUACUGUACCUGUGACGGAGGGAAGGUUUAAAAUAUAUGUCUCUUAUGUUUCUUGUUGCCAAAGAGAUGUUGUGUUGUGGUCCCGGGGCAACGGUUGGUGUUGUUUUUACCCCAGAGUGGAGACAGGAAGGAGGAUUAUUUCAGCAGCUUUGACCUGGUUGUAGAAAAGAUGCAGGUGAGGUUUCGGUUUGGGAUGCUGUCGGUACCAUGUGCCCCCACACUGACCUGGUCACAUCAUUACUUUCUGUACCUUCUAUCAAAUAUAAAUAAAGUCUGUUUUACA